ACUGUAUCUACAGCUCCAUCACAUCAACAAUGAACAUGACGACAACGCUGCCAUUGGUGGGUGGACGUGAGGAGAAGCCGCAGCAGACGCAGACGCAAGCCCAGCAACCACGCAAGAAGCACGCGAAGCUAUUCCACAAGAAGAGUCGGACUGGCUGCCAACGAUGUCGAAUCCGUCGUGUCAAGUGUGAUGAAGCCAAGCCCAUCUGCAACAAUUGCACACGACUGGACCUCGAGUGCGGCUAUGGGCCUCCCGCAAGCUCCCCCGCGAGCGAAGGCGAUGCCGUCAGUACCUCGACUGCAUUAAGCGUCGAACACGAUCUGGUCGAUUCGCAUGGCAUCCUUUACCUUCCCGAAACAGAAGCCCGUCGAAAGCUCGAGCUCGAGCUCUUCUACCACUACGCCACAGAAACAGCCCCGACCCUGGGCACAGAGAAAUCCGCCCAAGACUUCAUUGGCCCAGCCCUAUGCCGCGCGGCACUGCAGUCCGAUGCCGUCCUCUACGGACUCUGCAUGCUGUCGGCACUUCACAAGGCGUACAAGUCCAAUUUCAGCGAGCCGCAGCACAUGCAGCAUCAUUCCACAUAUCUCAACCUCACCCUCCAGUCGCAUCACAAGCACGUGGCUCGCCUAGAUAUCGACAAUGUGGAUUAUUCCUGCAUGGUCUCGAGUACUCUUCGCGUCUAUGCCUACGUACAGCUGCAGCGGCGAGAGCUGGAGCCCUAUACGCCACCUAUAGAGUGGCUGCGCAUGUCCAAUACCAGCACCAUUGUGUUUCGUAAAGCCCUCGCCUUGAUUGAGAAGAACCCCGGCUCUCUCAGCGGAAGGUUGACGCUUGAGAUAUCUCACCAUCUGGAUGAGAAGCGGAGGCUGGAGCACUCUGACGAACUGCUUUACCUUUUGCGACGCCAAGAGCCACACGAGCUGGAAGAAGAGUGGGAUGACGACGUCUACCACGUCUACAGACGCACGCUCAGCUGCUUCGGCUGGGUCUGGAAGCACAGAUUCGUCAGCCCUCCACCCCCCGGCAUGUCUCGGAGAAUAUAUCUCUUCCCCAUGAUAGUGGACGCCCAGUUUGUGGAUUACGUGGCGCAGAGGCGGCCACGAGCGCUGGUGGUUCUGGCUCAUUACUUUACGCUUCUGGCGCUUCACCGCGAUUUUUGGUAUGUCGGGGAUGCUGGGUUCCGUGAGGUGAGGGCGAUAGCAGCCGAGGUGCCGGCUGAAUGGCAGGGCAUGUUAGCACAGCCAUUGGAGUUACUGGAGAAUCCUUCCUUGUUGUGCAAAAUACCAAGUUAUAGAUAG